CAAAGGCAUCCUUUCUUUCAAAUUCCCUGCUUGACUCUCUUUCAAUAGAAAAGCUGAACCUCAUAUUCUGCCUACAUGCUUUGACAAUGACAAGAUUGAUGCUUUGAGGCAAUCAGCAAAAUCCACUUCUUCCAUUUCAAUCUCAUGAAGUCUCAACCAUGGACGAAGGAGACGAUGACGAUAUUUCUCACCGGUCCAACGAAACCGAACAUACCACCCGAGGACGCUCUCCCACACGAAUCCCUUACUUCAUCCCCAGACGGCCGAGAGUGGUCAAGAUGCGAGACCUUAGUCCAGCGACACGGGAGUUCCUUACCAAAGAAUACUUCGACGCUUAUGACCCCUGGACGGGAAUCCGCAUAGCUGCUACGCUUGGUAUCCUCAUUAGCCUAUUUACCCUAUUCCUUAUCUACAAAAGCCGGUUCAAUCGUAGUCGAAAUGCUUUGCCCACCACAAAGAAAACCACAUCCCUCUAUUUGUACGAUGACAUGGACCUCGGUGAUUGUGAACUGGGUAGUAUUUCAUCAAGUGGCGGUAGAUCUGCCUAUGGGCUGUCUUUUGCUUAUAAGGGUCGACCAGACGAACCAUUUCGAUUCGAAGAUGCCGCUGGAUUCCAGCUGGAGGAGGUGUUCGUUAAGCCAUCCGUGGUAGCCCUGAAGGUCCAUACCUCUGGUAAGAGACCUUCGAAGAGUGGGCCUAAGUUUGGAACGUUGAGGAUCACAGAGGAUGCUUCAAGGAGCCUGCCAUGCUCGCCUUACAAACUUCAAAAGCAGCAGCAGCAACAACAACAACAGCAGCAACAAGGUGCACAGAACACAGAUGUCAAAGAGCCUGCCUCUCCUACCACUUCCACUGGUGCGAAUUCUAUGGCAGGCAGCAUAGCGUCUUUUGGAUCUGCUGAUAUUUCCAUCGAAGAGAUGGAAAGAAAGCCUGCCAAGGAAAUUUGUUCUAAGCAUGGCAAGAAACUAUCAAAAAAGAAGGAUGAGGCGGGCAAAACUGUUCCAAAAUCAAUAGUGGUAACUGCCAAGAGACCUCAAGACUAUCGCAGUCGAAGCACUAUUGUGUCCAUAGCUAGAAGGCAAAGGAGGACAUCCUGAAAGUUAUCAACGAUUAUAGGCGGUAACAACUGAUAUUUAAUAAACAAGUCCCAUCGAAAUAUGGUUGGCGUGUCUCUCUCUACCCUGUAGGUAUAGCGAGCACGCUUUUUAAGCUAUGCAAUCUGUGUUCAUAUUCUUGCAUGUGCGGACGACAUGAAGCCAUUGUAGAUUAGUCCUUGUGAAAUGGUAAAAGCUUAUUAGUGACAUGUCUGCCUGUCUGUCUAAGAGAACAAAAUUACAAACAUUCCGGUGAAAAUGAUCAAAUUUUAAUUUUGGUGUCUUGUGAAAUCAACACCAAACCUUAGAAUAUCUGAGUGGUCAGAUGUAUCGGUGAAAUUAGGGAGUUAUCUCCUUUCUUGAAUAAUUUCAAAGCAGGAUUUGAGAAACGAAUCAUAAUUUUUCUCUUAAAAUGGUUCUGAGUCUAUAGGCAUUAUGUCUUCUUUUAAAACAGUGCCGAAGAUUUUAAAAAAAUUAAUGAUAAAAUUAUAAGUUGUAAUUUGAUGAAAAAAUCAGUAGGACUUGGUCUUUUAUAAGAUUUUUCAGAGAUGAAAUAUAAUUCGUUUCCUGUCAGUGACAUCAUGAAUCCAGGAUAAUGUGAAUUCCAGAAUGCAUUAUCGAGAUGCUAAUAGAAAACAGUAAUAUUAUGGGUCAGACCCAAUAAUAAAAGUGUAUAUUGUUGCUUAUCAAACCAGGCAAUAAAGUUCUACAUCCUGCAGUAUUUUUAUGUUUGUAAGUGCCAAGCCAGAAUUAAAACAGUUUGCACAACUUAUCUCUUGGCCCAUAGAGAAUAAGCCGCAAUGUACCUCACAACAGCGUCACCCAAUCAUUAACAGUUUUGUGACCUAUCUUGGCAUUUAUUUCAAUCUUUGCCUGGGAUGGUAAGCACUUAGAAAAGACAGGGAUGUAUUAAUAAAAUGUGUCGAUAGAUUGAUAUUGAUAGAAAUAAUAUUGUUCUGAAUGGCUUGGUGUUUAGAUUGUUAAGACUAUUAUAGUCGGUGUAUUUUGGUGUUGAAUUACUCUGUGGCUUUUUUAAAAACUUGAAUUUUGUAAAGAACUACUGAAAUGGUCACUGAUAAUUUUUGUACCCACUUGUGAACGCGUAAUUUCGAUAUAUCGAGGGUAUGCGAUAUCGUUUAUGACUAAAAAAUAUAUUCCUCUAAACAUUAAAAAGGUAAAUCUAAUGCAUUCUAAAAAGUUGAAUAUUCACCUAUAUUCUUAUUCUUCUGUUAUUCAAAAUUUAACUCAUUCUUAAAAUUUAAAUAUCCAUUCUGACUUUUACCAAAGAGAUAUGCAAAAUUUAAUUCCUUUUUAAAA